ACUGUGCUGUUUGUUUUGAUUACAAUUUAAUGACGAAUAAAAAGAUUAGUGACUAGUGCGCACAAAAACAACGUAAAAAAAAAACUGUUGUGAUUAUUAUUUACUGUUUACAAAUACGGAAGAAUUUUUAAUCAAAUCUACACUGAAUCAAACCCAUAGGACCCGAUAUUCUGUCGUGAGCACUAAGGUUGUUUGAGCAAUCCGACGACGCGUUUGUAAGUAAAACGGUACGAAUCCAGAGUGUCGUUUGGUCCAAGAAAAACAAUUGCGCAUUUAGCGGUUUUAACCAGGCAUAGAAUGAGAAGAUGGCUGCUACUCUGCUAGAGAAUACAAAAGGGAUGACCGAUUCCGAAACUCAUCUGUUGUCUUUCAGUCUCGAUAAUUUGGAGAUCGACCCCACCAGACCUCAUAAGUAUCCCGGGAACGUUGUGGAAAAGGACAAUGACAAUAAAGAACCAUAUCCAACUGGUUGUGUAAUAUGCCGUUGUAUGAAUACAAAAUCACUAACCUGUGCGUAUCCUCAAAAACAAAAUUCUGAAUUGUCAUCAAAAGAUUGCAUUCUAAGGCCUCCUAAGCUAAACAGAGUGGAGAGGUGUAAGCAACAAUAUGCAGCAGCAUCUCCUGUACCUGUCAAUCGAAGGUUUAAUCGUAAACAAUUAAACCGAAAAUGGUCAACCGAUGACGAAUUUCUAUCGGAAUUAUCAUUGAACAAUAAUAAUAAUAGUAAUGAGUGUACCAAUGUCAUACCAUGUACAGACGAUGUAACAAUUGACGAGUUAGCCAGUUAUUUUGAAGAUCUAGUACACAUUCCUAAAAAAAUGUCUGACAUGGCUGAACUGAUGUACAAUUAAACAUAUACAUAUAGAUCAUUUAUUGUUAUUCUGUUUGUUUCUCUUUUAGGUAAACUUUUACCAACUUAAAUAAUAAUAAUAAUUUGUUGAAUCAUAUUCAAUUGUUAUAUUAUGUAUAGCAAAUGAGAAUACUGAUUUAAAUGUUAAAUAUGAAUUGUUGUCAACAAUCGUUUUAAAAGACCAAGUCAUGUAACAGUAUAAUUAUAUAGUCACUUUUUGUAUAAUCAUAUGAUGUGUACAAGGAAGUAAAUUACUAAUACUUCAUUACUAUUCGUUAUGUAAUAUACUGAUAGUCAAGUGUGUAUUCUCAAUAACUUUUUACUAAAAUAGGUUGGUUGUAAGAAUAAAAAUUAAAUAUAUAUCUACUUAUCACUUUAAUUAAUUUAGAAUUUAAUUUCUCAAAUGCAUAUAGUUAAUUAUCUAAAAUUAUACAAAUUCUAUAUUAUAUUCACAUGUAUUUUUGAUUAAUUAUUUUACAACUAUAUUGUAAAACGAGUUGCACAUUUAACAUUUUUAAUUAAUUAAGUUUAAUAAAUGAAGCCAGCGUUUACAGAAUUACAAAAUAUUUAAAGAAAAUUAUUUAUCAUUAGUCAUGAAUAAAAUGAAAUUGUAUUAGUUUUUUAAAUUUGAUUAAAUAAAGACGAAAUUUGUACUAUUUUGAAUAAAGUUAUGUAAAAUGUAUUUUGCAGAAAUCAUUAAAUAAUAUUAGCUAUUACCUAAAUUAUGAACAGUUAUUGGAUUUUAAAUUUGUGCAAAAUACCAUGACACAGGUAGAGAUUAUAUGAAUAUUAAAAUGUAAUAAUUGAUCAAAAUUUGCAUGUAAUAAUUUUUAUUACUAUUAACAAAAUAAUGUUAUCUUUAUAAUUUAAAUUUAUUAUUUUUUUUUUUUUUGUAGAACAUAUUUAUUCAUUUUUAAUCAUACAAAAUAAUAAGCUUUCAAAUUUCUAGAGUUUAUAAAUAUAUCUUGUUUGAUUGUAUAAUUAUAUACAUGUGUAAUUUUAAUUAAACAUUGUUUUAUUUUAAUUCAAACAACCAAACCAAAUUAAUUUUAGUAAUAUUACCUAUAUGUUUUGUUUUGAAAUUUAUAUACGUACUUAUAAUUAUAUGUUUUAUUUAUCUAUUAAAGUAUUUUAUUAAUAAUUUUUUUUCUGGAAAGGGUAAUUAUUUGUCAAAUUAAUGAGUGUUAGCAUUCUCUUGUUAUGUCAAAUAUAUGUGAUUUUACAGAUGACUAUUAUUAUCAAUUAAAAUUAAAUUUUUAAAAAUAUAAAUUUAAAAUAAAGAAGACUUAUUGUUUUAAUUCCAUAGUUUUUUAAAGUAAAUAAAAAUUAAUUUAACUGCCCAAUAAUACAAGUCAUCUUUAGUAGUUAUUAAAAAUAUUUUGUAAAAUGUGUGUGAUAAAUAAUGAAGUCGCAGCAUCAUAACACCAAGCAUUCCAUAUAUUUGAUAUCGUUUUUCAGGACAUGCUCAAUAAAUUAUCAUACAAACUGUAAUCAGAAAUGUAUUAAAUCAUAAUUCUACCAAAACAUGACCAUUUAUAUCAUUGGCAGUGUAUCUUAUAAAAAUAAAACCAAUCGAUCAUUGAUUAUUAGAA